CCAAACAAAUCUCAUUUCCAAACACUCGAAACUUGAAACCCUAGACGACAGACUUUCAACAUUUGAUUCUUCAAUCGGCGAAUUGUUGUCUGGAAAAUCAUGAACAGAACAACUGCAAUGGACGUCGGAUUGAAGCGCGACAAUCGUACGAGGAAGACGAGGAAGGAGAAGGCAGUUAAGGUUGUUUACAUUUCGACUCCGAUGAAGGUUAAGACCAGCGCGUCGAGGUUUCGAUCGCUGGUCCAGGAGCUCACCGGCCGCCACUCCGACAUCGCUCGGAUCAUGGAGAACAACGACGGCGCCACCGAUUUCGAGGUUUUUCCUGACCUCGACGGCGCCGGCGCCGGCGACGACGACCGAGUGAUGAUCGGCGGUUUGAACGACGAAGGUCAUCGUCACUCCUCGCCGUCGUUCUUCAGGUUCCCGAUGGUGAAUAAUUCCGUCGAGGAGUCGCCGACGAGCUCCGAAUCGCUGGCGGAGCCGCCGUUGGACGAUCACGUGUUCAGUUCUCAGGUGGAUGAGCAGUUUCAAGCUAUGUUCCCACUGGAUUUGUUUCUCAACCUUAAUUCUGCCGACCUAGAUGGUGAUAUACUGGGUAGCUACUAGCUAUGAAGCCCUAUGAAAUAUUUUUUCCUUUUUUAGUUUUAUUUUGUGCUCUAAAAUCAAUUUUCAUAUGUUAAUAUUUAGUACAUAUUGUUCAGAGAUAAACCAAUUUCUUCUACAUUUCAAGAUUUCUAUUAGUUAAAAG